AUGCCAAACCCCCUGACCAAGGAUGACAGCGCGAGAAUACAAUCCACGCAAGCUAGAGGCGGCGGCGACAUGAGCUCCGGCGGGUUCGCUGCGCGAGCCCAAGCUGCGGGUGAUCGCUACGCCAACAUGGCUAACACCAAUCCUGAGUCAUCGUACUCUUCGUCGCGCUCCUCCAAUACCGGAGCAGCAGGUUCUGGCGGCAGUUAUCAGCAUUCCGGUACUGGAAAGAGAUGA